GUGGCAGCAGGCCCAGCGUUUUAAGAAAAUUGUUAAAAUACAGAACUGAAAAUCCCGAGGCUGGAGAAUUCUACUAACUGCCAGUGGUUGGCUGUAGCUUCGGAGCUUUCCGUGGGAGGCAGCACGCUCUGGGAGGUCCUCCUGCUCACCCGCCGUGUCCGUUUUUCCUGGCCAGAGCCUGGCCACCCAGUGGCCCCGUUGCCCCGAUGGAUCCACUGAACCUGUCCUGGUACGAUGAUGAUCUGGAGAGCCAGAACUGGAGCCGGCCCUUCAACGGGUCCGAAGGAAGGACCGGAAAGCCUCACUACAACUACUACGCCACGCUUCUCACCUUGCUCAUCUUCGUCAUCGUCUUCGGCAACGUGCUGGUCUGCAUGGCCGUGUCCCGCGAGAAGGCGCUGCAGACCACCACCAACUACCUGAUCGUCAGCCUCGCCGUGGCCGACCUCCUGGUGGCCACGCUCGUCAUGCCCUGGGUUGUCUACCUGGAGGUGGUGGGCGAGUGGAAAUUCAGCAGGAUUCACUGUGACAUCUUUGUCACUCUGGACGUCAUGAUGUGCACAGCAAGCAUCCUGAACCUAUGUGCCAUCAGCAUCGACAGGUACACAGCCGUGGCCAUGCCCAUGCUCUACAACACCCGCUACAGCUCCAAGCGCCGAGUCACUGUCAUGAUCGCCAUCGUCUGGGUCCUGUCCUUUACCAUCUCCUGCCCACUGCUCUUUGGACUCAACAACACAGACCAGAACGAGUGCAUAAUCGCCAACCCCGCGUUCGUGGUGUACUCCUCCAUCGUCUCCUUCUACGUGCCCUUCAUCGUCACCCUGCUGGUCUACAUCAAGAUCUACAUCGUCCUCCGCAGGCGCCGCAAACGGGUCAACACGAAGCGCAGCAGCCGGGCUUUUAGGGCCAACCUGAAGGCCCCGCUCAAGGGCACCUGCACUCACCCCGAGGAUAUGAAACUCUGCACCGUUAUCAUCAAGUCCAAUGGGAGUUUCCCAGUGAACAGGAGGAGAGUGGAGGCUGCCCGCCGAGCCCAGGAACUAGAGAUGGAGAUGCUGUCCAGCACCAGCCCCCCCGAGAGGACCCGGUACAGCCCCAUACCGCCCAGCCACCACCAGCUGACCCUCCCCGACCCAUCCCACCACGGCCUCCACAGCACGGCCGACAGCCCCGCCAAACCAGAGAAGAAUGGGCAUGCCAAAGACCACCCCAAGAUUGCCAAGAUCUUUGAGAUCCAGUCCAUGCCCAAUGGCAAAACCCGGACCUCUCUCAAGACCAUGAGCCGCAGGAAGCUCUCCCAGCAGAAGGAGAAGAAAGCCACCCAGAUGCUCGCCAUUGUUCUCGGCGUGUUCAUCAUCUGCUGGCUGCCCUUCUUCAUCACCCACAUCCUGAAUAUACACUGUGAUUGCAACAUCCCGCCCGUCCUGUACAGCGCCUUCACGUGGCUGGGCUAUGUCAACAGUGCCGUGAACCCCAUCAUCUACACGACCUUCAACAUUGAGUUCCGCAAGGCCUUCAUGAAGAUCCUGCAUUGCUGACCCGCUUCCCGCCUCCCUGCACAGGCCAGCCGGGUCUCCGUUCCUGGGAGCCGUGGAUGGGGGUGGUGCAGGGCGGACUCGGCCUUCUCUUUGUCCCCGGCAGGCUCUAGCUUGACUCCACGCCCCUCAGAGCUCGCACACCCUCACUCCGCCAGGGUAGUGCUGGGGAGCCAGGCACGGUGCCAGCCGAAGGGCUGGACCCCUGGCUCAGGGGCGGCUCACAGAGCCCCCCUCCCACCUCUAGGCCAUCUCCCCUUGGCACCAAAGACACAGCCGCCUUCUCUGACCUUUCUCUGGGCUUCUGGGGUCACCAGGAACAGGGGCAGGGCUCAGAGGCCGUGCUUUCUGUGGGGUUUGGCCUGGUCUUCGUAGGCCUGUGCUGAAGCGGGCAGUGUGGAGGGAUGGACGGUUCCCACCCCACAAGGCCCAUGCCUGGGAAGCCAGAGCUCUUGCCAAGGCCCCAGGAAACUCAGUCCUGGGGGACCCAUGUAAAUACCAGACCACAGGGUGAGCAUCAGAGAAGCCCAAGCCAAAAAUCUUCAUUCACUCCCUUUCCUGCCCAACGGGAGCCUCUGUUUCCACAGCAGUGGCUCCCACCCCACCCCACUGUGCCUCCACAACCCAUGUGAUUUCCACACCUGCUGAGGGCAGGAACCCUGGGCUUGAAAGGCCCCAGGAAGGUCUGCGGGGAGCGGAACGUCCCCCAAGCCCACGCUGCUGCCUCCUAACUGACUCGGUGCGUCCCUUCUCUAGCAACUGUUGGGCCAACCUGUGAGAGGGCAGGGAAGGUGGGCUUGUGGCCGCAUCCGGGGUCCGGGGUGGAUGUUGGUUCUCUGGGGGACUUCCUCCUGCCACACUCUGCUGCAAAACCACUCUCUUUUGCCUUUUGCCUCUCCUCUCUCCUGCCCCCUUCCCCUUCCACUUUCUCCGCCUUAGAGGAGCCCAUGGUGAGGGGGCUGCUGAAUACCACUUAGCCUGGGCUGGCCCUGCCCUGAGGGAGGAGGGAGGUUGCAGUUUGUGGGCGGGGCCCUGGGUCCCAGACUCUGUAACAUCACUACACAUGCUCCAAACUAAUAAAACUUUGACAAGAGUCAUAUGCAAGGCCCCUUGGGUGGAAGGGAACCGG